UCCGAAUGAGAAGCUAAAACAAAAUGGCUGUCGAGAAUCGAUAACCCUGUACUGUGGAAGUGCAUGAUUUUUAUUUGGAGAAUAUAGGAAAUAAACAAUAUAAGGAAAUUAAUCCCUCUUCAACAAAGUAAAAGACUCAACUAGUUGGUUUUAACAGUGUCUGCUUGGCGUAGAUGUGGCGUUUAUUGUUGAUUCAGUGAAUAUACUAUAAAGUGUUUUUAUUGUCUUUGAAAAUUUAUAAAUGAACGAUGUAACCUGUAGGAGAAUACGUCAAGCGAAACCAACACCCAUGGACACACGAACCUGAAGUGGACAAUCCAGGAAACUUUCUACUAAUUCUUUGAGACAUUGCCUUGAACCGAAAUGGCCGGUAGUCAGGGCGAAAUUAGGGUGGGUCCAGCCAGCCAGGUAAAAGACAUUUAUGCAAGACUGCCGGAAUACAGACCUGGUGUACCGCCGGACCAGUUGAGUCCGGAUCCAGAGGACAGCGUGACCAGGGAGGAGCUGAGAUGGGUGCCUGCUAUGACCCUGGAUACGGACCUGCUUAUGUAUCUCCGCGCGGCCAGGUCUAUGGCUGCCUUCGCCGGCAUGUGCGAUGGAGGUUGUCCCGAAGAUGGCGCCAACGCUGCAUCUAGGGAUGAUACCACCAUUAACGCCUUGGAUGUUUUACAUGAUGCAAACUACGACCCUGGCAGAGCCCUUCAGUCGCUCGUAAAGUGUCCGGUACCAAAAGGAGUUUACAAGAAAUGGAGCGAAGAAGAGACAAAAAGAUUUGUUAAGGGAUUAAGACAAUUUGGAAAGAAUUUUUUCAGAAUACGUAAAGAUUUGUUGCCACACAGAGACACGCCUGAACUAGUCGAAUUUUAUUAUCUCUGGAAGAAAACUCCCGGUGCUAAUAACAACCGGCCUCACAGACGUCGAAGACAAGGCUCUCUAAGAAGGAUACGAAACACAAGAAACAGUAGGGGAGCCAAUAACUCAAACUCAAAUCGUAAUGGUGCUCCAGCAGAAACAGAAACAAGCAGACCAUCACCUGGCCCCGGUAAGGAACCUGGUGAGACCAGCUCGGUGACAGAGGAUGAUGACGAAGAGAACGACAGCGACAGUAGAGACUCACAAUACAGAUGUUCACACUGCUUCACGACAAACUCGAAAGACUGGCAACCUGGCGGAAGAGACAGACAGAUAUUGUGUGUAGACUGCAGAGCACACUACAAAAAAACCAAUGACCUGCCUCCUAUAGCCAACCAAAAUAACCUGGAGGACAUCAUAUCGACAGAUAACCCAGAUGAAAGCCCGCAGCGAAUGAGAACCAGGAAUAAGGCAGCAAAGGAACAAUCGACAAGAAGCUGUACACGACCGAAAAGAGGUGGCACAGAAACUCCUGAACCUAAGACGCCCGUUAAGCAAUCUUCCAGUGACAAAUCGUCCAACACUCCUAAUAAGAAGAAACCAAAACUGGAGACUCCAACCAAAAGUAGAAAACGAGUCCAUGAGAAAGAAGAUAAUGAGGAUGAAAACAAGGAUCUUCUAUUUAAAAAGAAGAGAGACAGGGCAGAAAGUCCUUCCAGUAACACAACUGGAUCUGGCUCAGGUGAUGAGGUCGAGAACAACACUGAACCUGAUGAGAAUAGCACUGAGAACAGUCUUCCUCCCCCUCCUCCCGCAACAUCUACCAACCUAAUAACCAACACUUCCAACAAUGUAACAAAUACCAAUAAUAAUAAUAAUAAUAACAACAAUAUACCAGCAGAAGAUACUCAAUCAAAGAGUGUUGUGAAGACUGAGGUUGAUAAUGGAGUGGAUAAACAAGAUGGUCCUCCAGUUCAAGCCGCAACAGUACCUGUGAUCAUGUCAAAUAAAGUUCCGACAGAGAACACCAUGCCUUUGAACGUGUCAAUCAGGUUACCCGAAGACAUAGGUGACAUUAAGCAUUUGAUCAAGUGUGCUACUACAGAUGAUGAAAUGAAGAGGGAGAAAUUUGACAAUAAGCUUCAAAAUCCGGAGGUUAAAAAAGAAACCUUCAAGGUAGAACCUAAAGCUGAAGAACAUAUGGAAGAAGAGAAAGACACGAGCGUGGAUAAAGUUAAAACUGAGCUUAUUAUUCCAAGGGUCAUAACAAUGGAAAAAGGAAUCAUGCAAGAAGAAUACGAGGGUGGCAACGAACAAACGCAACAUAUCAUUUCCCUCAAAGAGCAUCUUAAAGAUCCUUUAAAUUAUUACAAUGAACCUACGCCUCUAUUAAACCACCUACAACCCAACCUCAAGGAUAACAAGCAACACCCCUUGAAUCUGAAGGAAGCACAACCCAUUGACACACGACCAAAUGACCAAAUUGUGAAUAUGAACCACGGUAGUUAUAUGCCACCGGAUCAGAUCAAACAAGAACCGCCUUCCUAUGGGUUCUCUGGUACCCCCAGAGAACAAACAAAUCAGGAAAUACAGCCUCCAACUUCCUCUGCUGUCAUGACAAACACUGUUAUAAAGAUUGAACCUCGCGACGAACCCAUGGAACUGACCAAUCCUCCUCGAGAUUUCAGUCAGGUUCCGUCCAGCAGUCAACCUUUGAACAUACCCCAGGUUAUUCCCAUGGCUCAGUACUCUGCACAGCAGAAUCCCCCACAAAGGGAUUACGAGGACGAAAGGAGACCAGAGAAGAUGGAACGGCCAGAAAGAUUGGAUAGGCCAGAAAGGACAGAUCUUGGAGGGUCUAGUUCGAUGGGAAAUACAUCAAUUGGUCAACCCCCACUGCCUAGCAUGAUGCAGUCCAAUAAUCUAGUCACCAUCGGGGGAGGAUCGCAGCAGAUGGGACAUUACGGAUACAUCCAACCCGGCGUCCCUCUAGCCCUAGACAAAAACACACCGGUAGCCAUGCCCAACCAGAAUGAACCUCAGAAUCUCAAGGUCAAACAGGAAAUCCAAGAGCCUCCGUCAAUUCACCAGAGUGUCGGUCACGCUCCUCCUUCUAGUCAUAUACAAUCCUUGCCUCCUUACUCCCAAGGGAACAUUUCUCAGGCUCAUCCCCACACGUCGGUGAUGCCUCCUACAUCCGCUGCGGCGGUGGUCACGAGCGGUCUGAAUCAGGGACCUUUCAUGCCGCCCCAUUCAACGCAUAUGCAACAGGCGGCUGUCGUGGAUCCAUUGCAGAGUCUGAAGGACGUUAAAGUCCCUGGCUAUGUGCCUUCCUCUGGAUCGCAGACGUCCGAUAGAUCUCCGUCCGGGUCGACGACGAUGGACGUGAAGAAAGAACCCGACUUCGGAAUGCCGAUGACUAGCCGAGCAAGUCCUGCUCAGGUUGGGGAAAAAUGCUCCACUCCGAAGAAUACCACGCCCACGCCAUUGAUACAGGUCUCGCAAACUCCUCCUUUACGUCACACCGGUACGAAUUCUCCGCAUUCGGCAAUCAAUUUGAUCAACUCUAGCAAUAAUCCCCCUACGUCUCUACCUCAGUCAAUGCAUCCCCAACCUGGCGCUCCUUAUCCUCCACAACACUCACAUCCUCUCAUGCAUCCGUCGUUUUUGCAUCCGAUGCAUCCUUUCCAUUCACACCCCUAUUCGCCUUACCCCUUCUCCUAUCCUUAUCCAUACCCUGUGCCACAGCCACACGCCAUUCCACCACCAUCAGGUAGGGUUGAUGGUCCCCAAAAGAUAGACACAGUCAGCGCCACAUUGAUGUCUUCUCAACACAGUACAACAAGUACUCUGACGAGUAAAAAGGAGAUCAGAGAGCCAAUAGAGAAUGGUACAGAAAGACAUCAAACGCACGAAAUGACGCUGACGCACAACCAAUCUACGUCACAUCAUAGUUCGGUCCACGCCAGUUCCGAAAAGCACAACUAUGGCGGCGGAUCAAGUCACUCCAUCACAAUAUCGCACUCAACGAGUACGAGUUCUAGUCAAUCGGUGCAGCACAAAGUUAACCAGAAGACAGUUAGGACUGGGUCGCCCCACACUCCUAUAUCACAGACCACUACGGCCACAAUAAACCAUUCAUCAUCUUCGUCUGGAGGCGGCAAUCACCAACACACACAUCACCACACACAUCAUCACGAGCGAUUAUCGCCUGGCGGCAAUCAGUUACUCAGGCAUGGUAUGCAUCCAAAACCGCCACCCCAGGGUAACCUACAGCAUCUUAUGAUCCAACCACCAAGCCUUGGACACCAUCCCGGUUCUCUAGGUCCUCCUCAGUCUAUGGGCAGUAGCUCUCUAGAAGCCUUAAGGGUUCACGCUGCUCAAGCCGCUGCCAACAUGCAGCAGAGCAUGCAGUCUAGUCCUUCUCCAUUAAGCCUACCUAGUACCAAACCUCCACCGCCCGAAGAGGUUGUCAAGAUAGAACCAGAUCCUGAACCCUCUCCAGAGGAUGAAGGCCAAUCAAGCCCAAUUGCACCAUCUAGGGGGCCUUCCCCUGAACCCAGAAUAGAGGAUAAUGAGUGUCACAGAAGUCAGUCAGCAAUCUUUCUACGGCACUGGAAUCGUGGCGAUUACAAUUCGUGCACUAGGACUGAUCUGACCUUCAAACCUGUGCCAGACUCAAAGUUGGCUAGGAAGAGAGAGGAGAGGCUACGAAAACAAGCAGAACGUGAAAGGGAAGAAAGGGAGAAGGUGCAACAAGCUCAGGCAAGAAAAAUAGCGACGCCAGAGAAGCCAGACGUGAAGCCCCCUUCAAGGGGACCCUUAGAAACGGUUUCCUCGCCCUACGAAAGGUUCCAGAGACCUGGGUUCCAAGAUACUCCUGCUUUAAGGCAACUCUCUGAGUAUGCAAGACCUCAUGGUGGAUUUAGUCCAGGACACAUGCAAAGGACACUGCUGCCUCCUGCACAUGUUAUGGACCCUAUGCUCCAAUAUCAGCUCAACAUGUAUGGUCCAGCUGCUAGGGAGAGGCUUGAACUGGAGCAUCUGGAGAGAGAGAAGCGGGAGCGUGAAAUCCGAGAGCUCAGGGAGAGGGAACUGAACGAUAGACUCAAAGAGGAAUUGAUGAAGAGUGGAAUGAGAGGUCCUCCUAAUCCCAUGGAUCCCCACUGGUUGGAAAUACAGAGGAGAUACGCGGCAGGCUUGGCGGGUCCUGCAGGUCAGUUUAAACCACGAGACUUUUUUACAGGGCCUGGCGGCAUUCCGUUACAUCACUUCGCCCUGUAUCCAGGCGCCGGUGCCAGUCCCCAACUCUCCCAGCUGGAGAGAGAACGAUUGGAGAGGUUAGGAAUACCACCACCUGGAGCUCCAGGUGGUCCCCCAGGUGCGCCACCCGGUCAUCCUCACCACCCUGCACAUCAGGCACAGCUAGAAGCUGCUGAAAGGUUGGCUUUAGCCACCGAUCCCAUGUAUUGUUCGCAGGUCCGACUACAGAUGGCGGGUAUAUCGCCAGAAUAUCACGCACACACUCAUGCGCACACCCAUGCUCAUACCCAUCUGCAUCUACAUCCACAGCAACAGCAGGCUCAACAAGAAGCUGCUGCUGCCGCCGCAGGUUUUCCUCUGCCAGGUUCUCUGCCCUAUCCUGAAAUGUAUAAUUACUUUUCAGCUUCCGGUACCCCAGGUUAUCCAAGGCCUGGCAUGAUGCAUGGUAGGGAUGGCCCAUUGGCUUUGCAUCAUCCUGAUUUGUUAGGAAGACCUUACGCCGACCAGCUGGCUCACCAGGCUGCUGCACAUGAACAAAUUCAAAGACAAAUGAUGUUAGAGAGGGAAAGAUUUCCCCCCCAUCCAUCAAUUGUUGCACAUCAUGAGGAAUAUUUGAGGCAAAGAGAAAGAGAACUGAAAGUGAGAGCCUUGGAAGAUGCAGCGAGAGGAUCUAGACCUUAGGGAGCUACAUUUUCUCCGUGUGCGAAUCCAGUUUGUUAUCAGAUUUUACUUUAAAAUUACACAUUUCUUGGAUACUUGGGGAAAUGCCCAGGACAUAUGUUAAGAAUGAACUUGUUUAAGUACAUUUUGUAGUGAGUGAUUUAUUUAAAUUUGUGAACAGUGAGUGUUUAAUAUUUAUGAAUAUUGUAAAUUAAGAUUAUAUAAAACAUCGGAAAAACUAUAGAGUAUCGUACAAAUGUAAAAAAAAAUGUAUACUGAAAGUUUUGAAAUUAUGUAUAUUUUUUACACCUAUGUAUAUAGAUUUUUUUUAGUUCAUUGAAGGCGUGGUUUAAUAACAGUUCUCAGUGAAAACAGAAAGUGCAAGAGUUGUUUUAUUUGACGGAAUAUUGGAAGUUUUAUGAAAAGGUUAUAUUGUCAAUUCUAAAUGAUCUUUGAUCUUUAUCUGAUGAAAUUUGAUAUUGAGCCUUAUUAUACAAAAGUUGCAAUUUUCAUUACUGAAGAAAAAGUGAUCAUUAAUUGAGGCAAUGUUUAGAUGGAAAUAUGUUGAUAUUUUGUUCAAAUAUCACAUUGCUGAUAUCUCAUAAUGUAUUUGGUAUGCAUAUAAAAUUGAUAUUUAAUUUUUAUUCUGAUUUUUAAAACUCCCAAUAUCUACAAUAAACUUGAAUUAAAUCAUAUAAUGAAUUGUGAUUGAGAAAAUAUUUUGAAGGAACCUAAUUUUUUAAAUCUUUCAGGAAAUGCUUUCUGAUUGAACUGAAAAUUUUUUUUAUUCAAUUAUUGAUUAUUGGUGUAACUGAGAAUGUAAUUUCCAAUUUGGAGAAACAUGUCUAAGAAAAGUUAUAGAAUUUUAUAUCCAAAUUAUAAUUUUGUAUUUGUAUCCUAUUCAAUUUAUUUUCAGUUACAUCACUUUUUAUGUUUGAAUUUGAUAUCCAGAACAGAGUACUUAAAAUUUCAGCAUUUCGUGUUGAAAGUUUGCAGAAAAUCUUAAAAGUAAUCACCCUUCGAUAAAGCGAAACAUUCAUAGACUGAAAAUUUAUUUUACUCCUACAUGGUUUGAAUUGUGACAACUCCGUGUAUUGUAUAUUUUUUUUGUUUAUUUUACCAAAGAUUUUCACAAUCAAAUCUUCCCCCCUGCAGUGUUUUCAGUUUAACAUCGCAAUUCGAUGAAAAAUGAUCAAUGAAAUAAUUGUUGUUGUCUUUCAAGUUUCGAUUUUAUAUAGAACAUAUAAAUAUUAAUUUUUUAUCCUUGGAUAUAGGGUCGUUGUAAAUAACUUAGAUAUAAUAUUUUUCAGAAAAGCUUUUUAUAAUAGAAAAAUGUAUAAAGUAAUGUUUAAAUUAUGUAUACAGAUAUAGCUGAAAUAAAUCAUAUUAAUUUCUA